GUUGUUUUUGUCAGAAACCCCCCGCCAGCUCGAUUUGUUCGUGCCCCCGCUCUCCCGCCACAUCCAACCACCUCCUCCUCCAUCUCGGAAACGACAAGGGCAUGUCUCGAUUCUUCAAAGACAACUCCCCUGCCAAGAAAGCCAAGCCCGAACAGACCUCUGACGGUGCUGGUUCUGGCGGUUUCAAGACUGUUGGAGAGGUCUACCCCGGGCUCGUCUGCCCCCUGGACCAGAAGGUUCUCCUCAAGAAGUACACGAAGACCGGCCGCCCCUGGAUCGUGUGCUCUGGCAACGUCCAGAACGACCCGGACUCCUGUCAUUUUUCAGCCAACCUCUUCGGUCGGGACCGCGUCAAGGAAGGAGACAAGUCGAAGAUCGCCUGCCAGAUCUGCGACGUGCCAGCGGAGUUCACCCCGUCCAUCGGCGAGCCGACCGGCGAGAAGAACCCCCUGANAGUGUACGGAAGGGAGGAGACAGACAAAGAGAGCAAGAGCAUCGUCGGUUCGCUUUUUUUUUUUUUUGAGCCGAGGUAGCAUGUUCUAGGCUGAAGCAGGGCAUGGAAAGGACAUACAUGAUGGUGUACAAGUAGGGUCAAGGGCAUGGAAAGGCUGAAUAAUGAGAAGAGUAUGGUCAAGGUCUAAGCGUGUCUCUGGCUAAAGAGCAGGAUAUGGAACGACCGUUAAGCCGAGGUUUGACAACAGUCUGCUCGUUCGUAUAGCGGUAGCGGUGCGCAUCUAUCGCGACGGCAAGCGCAUUGAGAUAAUAGUUCGUCCGUCGUGCUUCUAGUCUACACAGACAGUCGUGUUCUUUGUUGCCGCUUCAUUCCAGAAAAGAAAGAAAGUCUCCACCAACUUUUUUCCAUAACAGUUCGGCAACGCCGACUAUUUUUCUUUCGUCGUGUUUGUUGUUGCUGAGCGCCCAUCGGAUGUCGCUGUCCGUCACACGAGCUUUACUGCGGUGAGCUAGAGGG